UCAUUCAAGAGAACAUUCACGCUAUGAAUACGAAAUAACAUGUCAGCGCCCAUUUCAUUUUACGGCCGUAUAUUAUAAGUUGGCCUGUGAGUGUGAUAUUAUAAGCCGUGGUUGGUUCUUUGAUAUUAAUAGGUGGCCAAUAAUUUGAAUCACAGGGAACCAUUUUAUGAAGACGUCAGGCUAACCGCGAUCUAGUGAUACUGCCUACUCUGACAGCCUCCAUUCCAUUCGAGCUUCCAUUCGACUCAUUGACAUUGUGGAAUCAUUUGAUAUCGUCCUGCAGACUUCAGUGUCUAAACUAAGCUAAAGCUACACACUAGUGACACUACAUUCUUCGUCAACAGCAGAUAAUGACGACUACGUUCGGUACAUGGAGGCAACUCCUACACUGGGGCCCUCUACUGGCUCUCUUUGUCAUCACAGUGAUAUCAACUACAACUAUAAAUUGUAUUCUGAUGUACUGGCCUCCACUGCUAAGUAUAGGAGGGUUUAUGCACAUGAGUGUUUUUAUGGGAUGGAACCUGUUGACACUAUCAAACUUCUUUCUUGGACUGUAUGAUGGACCGGGCUUUGUGAAAUUUGGAUGGAAACCUGCGGACAAGAACGCUGAGCGGUACCUGCAAUACUGCAAGGUGUGCGAGGGCUACAAGGCGCCGCGCUCGCACCACUGCCGCAAGUGUCAACGCUGCGUCAUGAAGAUGGACCAUCAUUGUCCGUGGAUCAACACGUGCGUCGGGCACCGCAACCACGCGCGGUUCAUCUACUUCCUGCUGUUCUGGCUAGGAUAUAAUAAUUACAGACACCUCUCUCUCUCUCGCUCACAGUUGAAGACGGUGCUGUAUAACAAGACCGGCAUUGAGACGUGGAUAUGCGAGAAGGCAGAACACUUCGAGGAUGAGAAGCCCUUCGUUUUCCCGUACGACCUCGGUUGGCGUGGCAACGCGAAGCUGGUGCUCCGCUGGAACGGCCGGCCCGUGGGUGACGGCAUCUGGUGGCCCGUGCGCGACGGGUGUAACCAGUACACGCUGACGGCGGAGCAGAAGUACCAGAAGGAGGAGAAGAGAACUCGCGCGGUGAAGUACACGAUCGUCGAGAGCUACGGUGGCGCCCUCUUGCCGGUCAGCAAGGGUUGUCGCGUGCUGUGCGGAAUCCCGUACUCGGACGAGCCGCGCAUACGGUUGGAGACGGGCGACGAGGUCCGCGUGACGCGCUGGAAGAGGCACUGGAUGUACGGCGAGCAGGUGACGCAGCCACCGAUGUCCGUCCCGCCCCGCGGCUGGUUCCCACGGCGAUGCGCGGUGGAGCUCAUCAACGGCGACUGCGAUUUCCCCCCGCCUCCCAAAGUCGUCAAGAAGAAGCAGAACUGAAGCGGACGUUACCGCGGCGACCGCGUUCGGCUAACCGAUGAGGGAGGCCGAGUUCUCUCACAGCUACGUGGCGCCAUCUAGCAGCUAUACGAGCAACCUACUUCACGGCGACUAGGUAAUGGCGAGUGAAGGAUAGACGGGCGCACACCUAGAGCCACUUCCAAAAUCUGCUCGUUCCUGCUGAAUGUUGGCAGUCUAUGGACGGCAGCUGUACAGGUUUUUUUCUUGACAUUCUUGUGAAACGAUCGCUUGGAGUUUGCUGACCACAGCCUGCAAUCGGUUCGUUAACCGCCGUUUUUAAUUAGGUUGUAUCGAGAGUAUAUUUCGUGUUGUUUUGUAUAUUUUGACGUCGUUUUAUUCCAGAACUGUUAAAUAAUACUUGUUCUUAAUUGUGCUGAUAAUCGUACUGUGAGAUUGGAAUUACGGGAAAUAU